ACAAGAAUGGAAUGAUGAUGUAAGCAGUCCAAGAAUACCCUUUAUGCGUAGACAUUUUGAAAACGUAACCACUAAUUCGUUAUUUGCUAGUGGUCUGACCAAGAGUGCGUUCUCUGAGAAUGUUCGUAUGGAGAUGUUCUAACUCGCAUUCUAGGAAGCUUGCGGUAGCCAAUGUGGGAAGGCCUGGAUGGCAGGCACCUGUAAGUGACGAUGAUCGUAAAGCUGAUAAUGAGGCGACGUGCUUGUUACUGAACAUUGGUAUAGGAACAACGUAACCGAGUAAGACCUCUAGAGGAUAACGCCUUUGGACCGCAUACCAAUAUUCGGGAGUAGCUGAUGUUCAAUGCGAUGACUAUUUACUAUACCGACGACGACGAAUGGGAACCCCGAAGGUGCCGUAUAAGUAUGCCGGAUGGCAGGACCAAAAACUUGAACACAUGGGCCCCUUUCAUAGUGGGGAGCCAAGCUCUAGCUCAGUUCACACAUCAUGAAAUAGGGUUGCGUACUUUAAUAGCCCGUUGCAUGGCGGAUCAUCGUGAUGAUCGACCAUCCUUGAGAGAGCUUUUGGAUACAGUCCGACAGAAUAUUGCUCGUGGUGAUGCGGAGGCAGCGGAAGAGAAAAGAAAAUGGGAUAGGGCAAAAGCAAGGGAUCCCUCUGUGAGGAAGCCCCGAAUAGAUAUCAAGAGGCCACCUAAGGUCGAAGAGGAUGAGCUGCUACUCAAAUUCUUUCAGGAGUAUCUUCGAGAUGCUCCGAUAAGACAGGACUUUUACGCGGGUCAAUGGGACCGAUAGCACAUGAGUCGAAGCAUGUUAACUAUAUAAUGUACAAUAU